ACUCACAUUUAGUUUACUCUUCUCUCUCUCUAAACCAUAUUUUAUAAUCUGUUAAAAAUGUUUUUCAAAUACUACUUUUAUUAUCAUUAUUAUUUUUGUUGUCAUUUUUGUUAAUCUUCAUCCUUUUUCAUUUCAACCAUUGGCAUUAUCGACAUCGUUAUCAAUCGCCGUCCUUCUCCUCAUCGUCGUUGUAUUCAUCAUCUUCUUCUACUGGUGCCGGCUUUCACCUCCACGUCUGAUUAUCACUUCAAGGUAAACUGUCUAUCCACCACAGUAUUUUUUCUGAAGCCGUUUCAUCCCGUUUUAAUAACGGAAAAGCAUUACUGUGAUCAACUCGUAACAUUUUGACAGUACUGGUUACAAAUAUUAAUUUAUAUUAAUUGAUGGUUAACUGAGAACCCAAGUGUACGCGCGCACACGCACACACACACACACGCAACACACAUACAAAUAGACAUUUCACCUCUGUCUGUAUUGAUUUCUCGCAUUCAUUUGUCUAGGAAUGAUGACAAAACUGUUGAAUAGCCUAAAUGAACCAUUACGUCAUCAUAAAAUAUCAGAUCAAAGCGUUCUGACAGUAACAUCGAAUUACACAGAGUUAACAAAAUUAAAUAAUAAUAAUAACAAUAAUAAUAACAGCAGCCUCGACAUUACAUCACCGUCAUCAACACUUAUGACAACAGAGAUGGUGAACAAAACAUCGACUACCUCUACAUCAAUAAUAGAUGACACAAUCAGUGAACACACGCAUAAUAUGAAUGGUAGUCAUAUAUUAUUAGAUACUUGUGAUGAAUGUAUUCUAUCAUCUUGUAAUAGUUCAAUUAUAAUGGAUGAACAUGAAAUAGAUUCGAGUAACUCACCAUCAUCCUCUCCGUCUUGUUCGCCACCGUCUUCUGCAUCCUCUUCCUUGUCUCCGUCUUCUUCUUCUUCCCCCGCUCUUCCUCCACCUUCUUCUUCUAACUUGAUAACAAGUACAUGUGUUACCAUACCAAGUGAUCGGGAAACAAUCCACACUACCAAUACUAAUAGUGUAAUUCAGGAAAAUAAUAAUAUUGACGAAGAAAUUUGUGAUUCCAGUGAACAUUGUACUAGCGAUCAGCGGAAUCAACAUUUGCUUCAUGAAGAUGGAGUUGAUGGGGAUACAAAUAUGAUGGAUACACAUCAUCGUUCUAUGAAUACCUCAUCUAUGCAUGUUGAUCAUGAUAAGCCAGCAUUUAAAAAAGAUAAUCAUCAUGAUAAUAGAUGGAAUAUGAAAAAUACAAAAUUAUUUGUUGGACAAAUACCAAGAAGUAUGCAAGAGAAUGAUUUAAGGUUGAUAUUUGAAGAAUUUGGUCCAAUUUAUGAUUUGCUCAUAUUAAGAGAUAAAAUUACUGGAAUGCAUAAAGGCUGUGCUUUCGUUACAUUCUGUCACAGACAAUCAGCUCUAAAAUGUCAAGACGCGUUACAUGGUAAACAAACAUUACCUGGGAUGGCAAGACCUUUACAAGUGAAAACUGCUGAUAUGGAACGUCGUACAGAAGAACGUAAACUGUUUGUUGGUAUGUUAAGCAAACAACAAAAUGAAGAGGAUGUAAGACAACUGUUUGAACCAUUUGGUACAAUCGAAGAAUGUACAAUACUCAGAGAUCAAAGUGGGAACAGUAAAGGUUGUGCAUUUGUAAAAUUCUCUACACAACAAGAAGCCCAAUCAGCUAUUCUAACUUUGCAUGGAAGUCAAACAAUGCCGGGUGCUUCAUCAAGUAUAGUUGUGAAAUUUGCUGACAGUGAAAAAGAACGUCAUACACGGAAAAUUCAACAGCUAAUUGGUCCAAUGGGUUUAUUUAAUCCAACUAUAGCAUUAUCACAAAUCAGUGGAAAUAUGUACUCUCAAAUGUUAGAGAAUAUGGCUCAGACAACAGGUUAUAUCAAUCCAGUGGCAGCGUUAGCCUUACAACUCCAACAUGCUAGUCAAUUGGCUACUGUCAAUCUGCCCAAUAAUAUAUCAAAUCUAGCAAUGAUAUCCGCUUUAACUAAUGGUUCUUCUACAAGUGGACAUCUUGCCUGUACCCCAUUAUUGCAUAAUUCACGUUCAGGAACUGUCAGUUUAAAUCCGAAUUGUGUUAAUAAUAAUCCAAUGGCUACAGCUGCUGCUGUCCUCGGAAUAUCUGGUAACACAAAUCCCCAGUUAACUCAAAUGUCAUCACAACUUGCUGCCCUGUCAAAUGUCAGUAAUACAUGUGUCUCUGGUGAUAAUGGAAAUAAUAAUUCUACGAGUAGUGGUAAUUCUGCUGCAGCAUUGGCUGCAGCUGUUGUCGCAAUGGCCAAUGGAAAUGUUACAGGCAAUGUGAAUUCUAAUGGCAAUGGGAACAAUUUAAGCGGACAGACAAUAGGCUUAGGAUCACCUGGAGCUACAGGGCCUACAUUAGCACUGCAUACAGUUCCUGGGACGCAUACACCAUCAGCUACACUCAGUAGUCUUUGUAACGUGUCUCUUCCAUUGAAUCAAGCUAUUUCAAAUACCUCAUUUGGGCUAAAUACACUGACAUCUCCGCUGGCUGGACUUCCUACAGACGCUCUCUCACAUCUAUAUCCCAGUGUUCCAACCUAUGGAUUACCUUAUCCAUCACCUGUCACAUCGGCUUUAAAUCCAUUCGCAUCAAUGGCACACCAAGCGCUUACAAUGCCGAUACAACAAAAGGAAGGCACUAAAGAUUUAAUUUUAACAGCCAACAAUUUAACAAAUGAUCAACGGGCCAGAGGGUUGCAAUCUUUUCAUAUACCAUCUGCCACAGGAAUUUGGCGACCCAGAAUUGGCUCAGAUGUUUAUGCCGUUUGGAACGGUAAUCAGUGCUAAAGUUUAUGUUGAUCGGGCUACAAAUCAAAGUAAAUGUUUUGUGAACACGAGGAAUAAGAUGCUGUCACUGAUGGAAGAUUUUGGUAGCUCAGAUUCUAAGCAGGCCACCAGGAAGCACUGAACACUUGUUUCUGUGAGGUCUGGAACUCUUCACUGGUGCAUAUCGAUGACUAUGUCAGACACUGUGUCUAGGACCCAAAAUCCAAUAAGGCGAACUCGUUAAUGAUUCAGAGAUUGGUUUGGAGUUCAACAGUUCAUGAAUUCCAAAUUCUUCGCAAUACACAAAAUCUUUGUUAACUUAUCUUGAUGGGUGGAUUCAACUGGUUUUAUCUUAUCAGAAUUUCAGAAAUUCUAUUGGUUAUUCAGAUGUGAAUCAGUGGUGGGUCAGGUUUGUAAUGUUUAUUUGCAGGGGGGGGCAAAGUUUAAUAAUAGCGUACCAAGGAAUGCGAAUGCACGAGUGCCCUUCAACCGACCAGUCAUAAUAACGAGGAAUGUUUCUACAAAAAAUCACUUAUAUUUACAAGAAAAUGCACGAAAAUACAUUAAACAGGUUAUCUUUCUCUGAUAUGAAUUACAAAGCCUUCCUAGUAAUAAUGAAAAGUAUCAGUUGCUAAGUUAGACUAGUUUCUGUACAUGUAUUCACCAAGGUGACUGAAGAUGAGCUGUUUUUGUGAAUUGUUUAUCUCUCUUGCCCCGUUGUACAGUCUUCCCCAAAAGCCCUCGGUUGACCUACUAUGGUUUCCAGUAUGGGGAUCGACGACUUCUUACCAGGAAAAUGUGGAUAACAAAGCAAAUUAAAAUAAAUGACAUCAACUAUAAAUCUACCCCUAAUCGUAAUCCUAACCUUAAUCCUGGUCCUAAUCAUAACCCUUAUCCAAACCGUAAUUCUAACUUUGACCCUAACCCCAAUAUUUACCUCAACUCUAAUCCUAAUCCUAACGAGCUAUCAACAUAUUGUCGAAACAGUACUUAAAAACGUAAUGUGGGUGAAAUUCGCUGCUUAGCUAGUGAAUAGCCUUGAUAUUUCAGCUUUUAUUAUGACAGGUGCCGUUAGCCAACGGCUGGCAUGCGUUCAAGGUAAAUGGAGUGUUCACACUCCUGGAACGCCAUUGCUGAACUUCGCCGGAGGGAGACUGUUAUGAACGGAACUACAAAUUAGUUGAAUAUGAGUGAAUACUAACUUAAUAGGCUGUCUAGUUUGUCCUAAUCACAUAUCAGCAGCAACAAUAAUAAUAAUAACACCGGCACGCAAAGACAAUAGAAAGGACUGGACGUCGAUUAGAGAGCUUCGACUGUCUCAAACAACAGUCGAAAUGGGGUUGGAAUGACCUUGAAAGUGUAUUAAUUCACCGAUGCAGUAAAAGUGUUAACAGCCAAUAGGAAUCCACCAAUCUAAACAGAAGGAAAAACAAAAGGUAUGAUAACUUCUUAAAAUAGUUAUUUUAAGGUUUUAUGCAAAAUUAGGCUAAACUAGGUGUAUAUAACAGAAACUUUAGUUCUAAAUGUUUCUUUCUCUCAAAAGUUGGCAAGAUCAGUUGAGUUUCACAGAUCAUUUUGUUAUUCGGUAUAAUCAUCAGUUAAUAAUAAAAUAGUAUUUAUUUUAAUCACCGUUGUUAUUAUUUAUUUUUAAGGUUUUGUUAGCUUUGAUAAUCCAACCAGUGCACAAGCUGCUAUACAAGCAAUGAAUGGCUUUCAAAUUGGCAUGAAACGUUUGAAAGUUCAGUUGAAACGUCCUAAAAAUGACUCAACUAAACCGUAUUAAAAAAAACUCAACACACUCAUUCGCACAUACAAAAUAUUACUGGAAAAAUCAUUUUUGUUUUAUUUUAUUUAUUUAUUUACUUAUUCUUAUUCUUGUUUACACGGUUUUCCUAUUCAUUUAAAAAUAAAUAAAUAAGUAAUUGACAUGGAAAUACAUGAUUAUACAUAUUGAUAAGGUUUGCUUUCUGAUCACUAGUCACUCUGCUAAGCAGAUAUCCGCUUAACCCUUUGCUCCUUCACAUUUUGGCUCACUUCUUUUAUUUUCUUCUCUCCCGGAUUCUCUCCUUAUCUGCUGUACACAGUUAUAUGAACAGAGAAGCGUGUUUGUCAGCCUGUAUCUCAUGAGAAUAUCGAUGUAGUUAAAAGUGUGUGUGUGUGUGUAUGUAUGUAAGGGAAUUUUAUUGCCACUCAAUGAAUGAAUGAAUGAAUUUAUUAAACUAUUUAAUUAUUUAUUUUUCUUAGAAGCACUUUUCGUUCUAAUACAAUGCAAGCUUCAUAACUAUUCUAAAACUGAUUGAGUAUACAUGUAUAUACAUAUACAAUAAUAAUCCAAUAAUACGAAGCUUAUUCAUUAUAAUCAUAAUCAUUAUUUUAUUUCAAAGUGUAUAAUCAUAAGACUAUAAUAUUGCAUGACAUAAUGCUAAGACAAUGGUGAUAAUUAUUUCCGAGAAUACUUCACUUUUGCUUUUAAUGCAAAGGCAUAAUUAUUGAAUUGUAUGUAUGAAUGUAAGUAAAUUAUUCGCAUAAUUUAUUGAAACACAGAAAAAUGGAAAAAUCCACACAAUAUGAAAAAAAUAUGAAGAAUAUACAAGUUCAUGUAUGAAUCCUAGUCAGUAUAUCAAUGAUUUAGUUCUUUUUCGUCCCAGCACCGUCCCGCUGCCUACCUUCAUCUCUUGCCAAAUGGCGUCUCCAGCUACUCAGCUCUAAGAAUCAUAAACAUAUGCACCAUUUGAAUAUUAAAUUCAUUGGAUUACAACGUUGUUCUAUAAGCUUACAGUGAUUAGAACUUUCAUCGUUAUCGUGUUUUCUUCUUAUUGUUGAUGUUGUUCUACAAUAGUGCGGUGUUGUUUCUACGAAAGUUACAUAAUUUGCACUUAUUUUUGCCACUCUCUUCCUGCUUUAUGUCUUGACGUCUCUGUUUAUUUGACAUUGAUUUAAUGUUUGUUUGUUUUUCACCUGUUGUCAUCAUAUUUACUUAUCUAAAAGUAUUUUAUGUUGUUUUAUCUUUUCACUUAAUUAUUUGGCAUCAAUUGUCUGUGAAGUGGACAAUUUAAUUGUGUGAUAUUUAUUAUACUACUCGUGAGUAGGCUAAGCAUGAAGAGAAAACCGACUUUCGCUUUUGUUUGAAAUCACAUAAAUUCGGCCACUCGAUGUGUUGGCAGAUUGAAAUCUACCCAUACGAAUCAACAAUAACAAAACUAAAACAGCACAACAAUAAAGACUCCUUUCUAUGCAUACUGCUUCAUUACAAACUUUUGCUUUUUUCUUCUGAAGUCGACGAAGCGACGAUAAAAAAUGUUGUGAUAAUCACGAUGAUGGUUAGUUAGCAAAGUGACUAAUCAUCAGAUAAAAAAUUCUUAAAGCCAAAAUGAAACCCGUUGACGCCUCAACCAACCUUUCCCUCCGCUAAAUUGUCAUUAUAUUCAUGAAUGUAUGUUUUGCUUUUACGAAUUUAUCAUAAAAUUAAAAUUGGACAGACAGAUGCAUAGACAUGCAGCAUCUUCAACUGACCUUCUGAUUUUUGUGGAAAUUUGAACAGAGGCGAUAAACUGCAUAUAUAUAUACAUAUAUAUUCAUAUAAAUUAUCCGAAAAUUACAAAUCCACAAGCAAUUAAAUUUUCCUUCCUCGUACCCUCUUCCUUCAUUCAGCCUCUUCUUACGAAGAUUAAAAAUAAUGAAUACAAUUCAAAUAUGGUUUUCUUAAGUAAUUUAUCUUCAUAUGCAUACAUAUAUACAUAUAUAUAUAUAUUAUACAUUUACGUAAUUCGACGUUUUAAUUUUAAAUAUCAUUUGAAAAAAGCAUUAAAUUGUUUUUUCUCUCUGCAUUUUAUUUCAUUUCUGAAUGCAAUUGCAUAACGUGAAACAGCAAUAAAAUGCUAUCGUAAACAUA